UGUAUCACUAUUGAAAUGAAGCAUAUCGGUGGCGAAUUAAAAGUCAAAUGGAAUCAUCAUGGCAGAAAAUUCAAGUUCGUAUUUACGGAGCAUGAAAUGGCGCAGGACGAUGUAUUUGAAGUAAGUUUCUUUAGACUGAUUAAAAAUUUGCCGGCACUUUUACAAGAGUAUUUUUCGCCAACGCAACCGUUGUCAUCGAAAAAACCUUGUCAUCUUUUCCAGAACAUUGUGGCCACAGAUAGUGAAUUUCGCGAACUGAUAGCAACGAACAAAGGACGGCUGAAGAUUCACACAAUACGAAGAUAUUUUUCCGUGCAUCCGUCCAGGUCUCACUCCGUCCCACUUGUAAGUGUGCUUAUUGAUCACAGAGAAAUACAUAUGCAUGUAUAA